GCUUUCCCUAAGCGACGAAAAACACGUAAACGGAAUGCCACAGUUCUGAUGAAACACUCGCUUCUCCUUCCCCAGUGAAAAUAAAAAAAAUUCCCAAAAAUUGGAAGAAAAAAAAUGAGCAAAAAAAAAAAAAAUAUCACAAAAAUGUAAAUUUCAAUUUCAAUUGCAAUUGCUAGCAGACGAAUUGAGAGAGUGUAACGAAAAGGCGACAAACCUGGAAAACGAUGAAACAAUUAUUCAAGUUCCUGAAGGGGAAAGUUCAAACUUGAAAGCGCAUCCAGUUUAAGAGGAAAACAUUAAGGCGUGUGUUUGUGUGCAAUCAUGCCAGAAAGGGGGAGGAAGUAAACCGGGGAGAAGCAGCGAAAGGUAAGCGUAACGAAGGGGGGGCAACCAAAUUGGGGAGACCAAAGUGGGCAACAAAAUUGGGAGACCAAAAAGUGGGAAACAAAAUUGGAGGGGCCUAAACGGGUAUGCCAUAUUGGGGGUAGCCUAAAUCGAAAGUCAAGAGAAAACGCAAAAAAAAAAAAUAAAUGAUCAAGCGGCCGCCAGACGGAGCGACCGCCAAAGGGAGUAACCGCCAAAGGGAGUAACCGCCUAACGGAGUGACCUGAUGACCAAUAAUGCCCAGUCGAAGCGAGCGAACGGCGCCGAACGCAGCAGCACGUCCCAGCGCGCGCGAAAAUGAUGAAAAUGCUCCUGUAUGACACCAUCAGAGGGGAGCUGAAGGCAGAAGGUAAAGACACAGCCCUGGACAAAAACGUGAUCAAUGAAAAUUUAAAAAAAUACGAUCGACAUAAGCUGAGAGCCAUACUGAGGAAGUACAUUCGGCACAACAAUAGACUGCUAAACUACCACAAGUACAAAGAAGUGAUAGACAAUUUUGAGCCUUUUAAAAAUGUAUUUAUCAUAUACAGCAAUAGCUUCUUAAAUAAAAACAAAAUUUUUAAUUACACCUUUAGAUACUCCAAAAUUAUAAAAAUAUUAUACCUAAAUAAAAAGGGGAAGAGACUUAUAUAUGGGGAUAACAAUUACAUGAAGGAGAGCACCCUGACGAGAAAUAAAAAAGGGAGAAACAAUGAAAGAAUAGGAUUACUACUAAACGAUAAUAAAUUUACAAACGAAGACAAUUCCAAUGAAGAAAAAAAAUAUGAAGUUAUUAACUUUUUUUAUAAUUUGAAAAAAAGUGAUUAUGAUAAAUUGGACAAAGUCAUUGACAGCAGUGAGAUAGCCCUGCCUUCCUUCAGCUACUUUGAUAUUUACCUAUUCAGCAAUAACAAAAAAUUGAAAUACGAAAUUAACAAGAAGAACAUAAAAUAUAUUGACAUUAGCUCUGUCCUUUAUUACCUUUACAUCCCAGUAAUCAUUUCGUAUAUCCAUUUGAAAGAUUUCCCAAAUGCCAGAAUUAAAUUCUUUGAGUAUAUUUACCUGAAGAGGAAGUUUAGGCAAAUUAAUAAAUACUGCUCCGAAAGCGAAAAAAGGAAAUUGAGGAUAACUACCCUAAUUUCGUCGCAACUGAAAAAUAAGAUAUAUAACUAUUACGACACUCUGCUGUAUGAGAAGAAGGCGUCGUCCAUCUUUUCUAAGGGCAAUGAGGAGAAGGCAGAAAAGGGCGCUCACAAAAAGAAGGCAAAUAAAGAUAGUCUAGCUCUACCAAGUAACGGAAUUAGCACCAAAAUUAAGAACAAAUUUAUAUCCACUGGGAGGAAGAACAAACAGGAUGACUCCUUUAAGGAGCGCUCUACGGGAAGCACCACCAUUGCAAUUAGGAAGAGCAAAAGGAAGAAUUCCUCUCUGCGUGGAGGUGAUUGGCCCGCCGCGUGUGAUAGCUUGCCUGUGGAGCCCUCAAACGGGUUGUCUCAACCGAACGGAGGGGAAAUACAACCCCCCUCAGUGAAAGAUAGCAUAGAAGCGAAUGGUGCAGACAAAAUUGAUUCCAGGGAACAUCGUAGCAGCGGGGCUAAUGGGGAACACACACCUCGGGGAGAUACCCACGGAGAUGCUGCCGAGACGAAGGAGGAAGACCCCUCCGCCAAGAAACGAAGCAUCCACUUUCACCACACAUGUAGAAGACAAAAUUAUACAUAUCAAAAGAGAAAGAAACACAUAAAAAAAAAAAAAAAAAAAAGGGAAUACAUAACCAUAGAUGAAUAUUUGCUAUUCCUAAAAAUAAAACACAAAGAGACGACGCUAGAAGGGCUAACAGAUGUUGUGAAGAAUAUCCCCUUGGAAGAUAAAAUCUGCAGAAUAAAGAGAUUAAGAAGUAUUAUGAAUAUCGAAUACAAUGAGAAAAAGAAUAUUUAUAAAAAGGAAAAGAUCCUGAAGAAUUUGAUCCAAUUGAAGGAUAAGAAGUACUAUUUUUACAACUACUUUUUUGACGUGUUGAUUUAUUUUUCCUACUUUAAACAGAUAAACAUUGUAGAGGGCAUUCUGGUGAUGGCGCUCCUGUACAGCAAGCUGAACCUGUUGAGCAUUUCGACUUACAUAUAUAAAAAUGUGUACCUGUAUUUUUACUACAUCUUUGAGAGCUACCAGAGAAAGUGGAAGUCCUUUGAUUUAAAUCACGAGAUGAAUAAGCUCAACUCGUUUAAUGUGAAGGGGAAAGAGAAUUCCGACGCUUCGUAUGCAGAGCAUCCCAAAGAUUUGAAGGAGGGAAGCGCGAAAAAGAAAAAAGAAAAGAAGGAAAAGAAGGAAAAAAAAAAAAAAAAAAUGAAGAAACAUAAGAAAGUGAAGACCAUGGCGGUUGCGACGUCCGACGUGGGGACCAUGGAGAGCGACAAGCGGGAGAAUAGUGAGGGGGGCGACUUCUGCCCCGCCGGGUUUGGCCAGUUGGAUCGCAGCAGGGGCCUCGAGGGAAGCGGCGCGGUGGACGCGGCGGACGCAGCGCGGGAAGGCGGAAAGGAGAGCAUAAGGAAAGGCGAGGCGAAAGGUGGCAAUAAGGACGGUGAGGACGGCGAGGACGACCUCGAUCGGCAUGACAACUACGGCAUGUGCAGCAUGUACGACGAGCUGGUGGUGCACGCGUUUAACCACUUCCAGAGGCAGCUGCGAAACAACAGCAACUUUUACUUCGUGGCGGACUGGCAGGGGGAUAAGUCGCACCCCAAGUAUCGAAAUUAUUCCUUCCUAAAUAACUCGUUCAACUCUCCACACCUGAAUUAUAUUAACGACAUCGUCGUGGGGAAUAUCAUAAAAAAUGCCAUAUGCUUUAACUACAAGUACAUUUUCAACGGAAUCAAAAGGCACAUUUCAAUUUACCUUAAUUUAAUAAGCCACGUAGAAACCAAAUAUAUUUUUCACCAAAAUAAUUAUAACUUAAAGAAUCUGAUUUACCAUCUUUACAUGGACCAAAUUGUCAAGUCUUAUGACUGUAACUUGUUUACGUAUGAGAAGAACUUCUACGUACUGAAGAGAAUUAUUUUUUUGGACAAUGGGGUAAAUUUAUUUCACCCUAGUGAGAAUUACCUAACGAAUGACUUUUGCCUAAAGUCGGUAUUUUUCAAAAUUUAUUUUAAUCUUUAUAAAAAUGCGUCUCGAAAGGUCCAGGGCAGGAAUGAACGGCAGAUGCUUGGCAGACUUAACAGCUGGAACCGCGCGGAACUAAUUCACCAAUACAGGAUGAUCGUACGGAGCGAAAAUGGGAAAGAGAGCAUCUUACAUUCGUUGAUCAACUUGGAGGAGCGGCAGCUGCAGUUGGGGGGAUACCCAGUAUGCCCUCACACAACUGCUGCGCAGUACGAGUUAGCAAGGGAGAAAAACGAGGGAGAUUCACCAGUGAACGGGAACUGCGUAAGGGAGAACCUACACCUGAGCGACAACUCACCUGGUGGAAGUUCCCCGAAUUUUGACUUCCCCAUGGGUACGAGCGAGCAGUUGGGAAUCCAUAUGCUCAGUAGCUACCUAACGAGUGAUUGCAACCACGUGGAGAGGAAGGAACAAAAGACAGGAAACGUAUACGAAACAUUGAACAGCUUCGCAGAUUGUGAAAAUGGUAAUGCCAAGGAGGGUGUGCGUAUACCGCUUCCCCAUUGUGGGGACCCUCCACAAGUGAAUAACUGCCCAUAUAGCCACACCAUCUCGUCGCACGAGCUGUUUAGCGAUAGUAAGAGGUACAACGCGGAUGUCCCUUCAAGCAAGUCGGGGCCUAUCAUCAAAAGUGUCACCUUGGCGGGUAACUUGAACGACCGCUUUUCCAUCAGCGUGGGUGGGAAAAACGAGUGGGCAUUUGACAAUACGUAUAAUGGAGGCUCGAAAAAAACGAGAUUCACACCUUGUGGUGAGGCGGACAGGAAAGACAAACUGGCUGCCCCGCACAGGGAGAGAAGGAACGACAAAUUUAUUGAAACGAUUUUUAAGAAAAAAAUUAACAAAAAUUUGUUCGGAAAGAAUAGAAGCUUGGACGAAUCGCAUGCUGGUCACCCCGCUCACCAUGGUCAUCACCAUGACCACUGCGAUCACACGGAUCACCACUACGACCCUGAUGGGGGGGACAAACUGAAAAACUACUCGCUCAGGAAUUUUUUCAACUUCCCCAACAACGAGCUGAAAAUACUGAUUUAUAACUUCCUCUUCCUGUACAUCUUUGACGAGUAUAUUUACAUGAACAUGCACAAGAAGGACAUAAGCGAGUACUUCAAUUUUGUAAAUGUGUUGAAGAAGAAGCAAAAGCUGAGGUACAAUUUGUUCAAUUUCCUUUGCCACUCGAAGAAAGACAUUGGCAACGAAAUAUCUUGCUACAAGAAGUACCUAAAGGAGAGGUACCUAAAUAAAAAUAAAAAAAAAGAUAACAACAAAAUGAUGUACAACUCCAUGUUUGGGGAAAAAACUACCAUCCAGGUGAACAUGAAAAAGGAUAUGAAUGAUAAGUGCAAGACGAAAAGUGCCAAGAAAUUGUCAAAAAAAGGGGAAGAGUACAAAAUAGCUAGAGAGCAUAAGAAAGAGGAGGCCCUCCACCCAAUGGCUUCCAUUAUCCUAAUAAACAAUAAAAAAAAAAAAUACAAUUCAAAAGUUAUAAAUUUGCUGAGAGAUACGUAUAAGAAAAAUUUCAUCAAUUAUCACAUCAAAAUUAAUGUGGAAAAAUAUGAACACAUUUAUUUCCUCUUCUUAAUUACUGAAAUGCUGUCUCUCAUUUUUUUGCCCUUCGUCAAUUCUCAUUAUUACUUUGCUUACGUGAAAGGCUACAAGAAUCUGGGCGAGGGGAAGUUCACCCUGAUUGAAAGGUUUAGGCAGGAAAAUAUACACCUCCUGUGUGAGCGCACCAGUGGCGAUGGCGCCAGUGCUGAUGAUGCAAGCGGAGACAAUGCCAAAGCUGCAGAUGGUGCUGACUGGAACUACAAAAGGAAAACCCCAAAACAAAGUCGUAGAAGCGCGCAAAAUCGAGUGGGCAAGCGGAAGAGGCUGCUCAAAAAUGGCAAGCAGGACAUAUCCACGAGCAUUUACAACCUCUUCAAAGUAAAUAAAGCCAACUUGUUCAACUUUUCAAAUAAAAAAAAAAAAGAAAAAUCUUCCGAUUCUGAAGAAACCAGGAGUAGGAAAAUCCUCUAUCGAAAAAAUACCCUAAGUAAUAUCAAAAACGAAACGGCAUACAUACAGAAAUAUUCCCUGUUCAAUGAGAGGAGGGAAAAAUGGAAUGACGCCCUGUUCAGCAAAACGCACUCCACCGAGCUGAAGAGGAGGAAAAGCACUAAAUAUGGCCACCAGGUGGAUGAUGGCAACUACUACAUUGCGCUGUACAACAAGAAAGAAGCAGUAGAACAAAUCAGGAGCAGCAAAAAGGGGAUAACCUUCGAUGCGAAGAAUCUCAUUGAAAAGGUCUUCCUCCACAAUGAGUAUUACCAAAUUGAUACCUACGAAUUAAAGAAAAAAUUUCAUAGCAAGGACAAAUAUUUCCUCAUAAAAAAAUAUGAAAAAAUUGUGGCUCUCGCUUUUUACACCCGCUUUAAUACCUACUUGAUAUUUUCCCUCUACCAACGAAUAGCGCUACUAAACUUUUUGUACUCGAAUUACCAUUUGGUCGUUUCAAUGCUGAGGUAUAUUAACCAUGUGCACUGUAAGUUGAUGAACCAGUAUGCACGCAGCCAUUUUUUUCGUAUGAAGAAAUCUCCAGCGGUGUGCGAAAAGUCAGUUGGUCCAUCUUACCAAGGGGGUAAAGCACACGUGGAAUUCCCCGAAAGGGGGAAGAGUACCUUUUUCGCAGAUCAACCAGAAAAUUCUACCCCAAAUGGCCACUCCUUCUUCUACAUGAAAGAUGAAGACAUUCACUACGAUGAUUACAUAAUCAACACGUACAGCACCAACUACAUCAAUGAUAUGAAUGCCGCACAGGGUAGAAAUAACUCCCCUUCGUCUUUACUCACCUUCUAUGACAAACUGGGGGAUAUAAAGUCCUUCCGAUUUUCCAUUUUCUUCGAUAUAUUUUUUGAGCUAAAGGUAAAUUUUAACCACCUCACCAGCGCGCAUAUAUGUGUGCAGAAUUCGCUAAGGUACCUCUUCUUCUUUUUGAAAAAUGCACACAAGUGUAAUGUCGUCUUGGAUUUGAGACUUAGCAGGGGAAGGAGAGGUACCCUACCGGGGUUAGCCAGCGAAGGGACGAGUGAAUCUGUUGAGGAAGACACUGACGGGGCGAAGCCGAGGAGUGGCCUACACAGGAGUAAAAAUAAACAUUCGAGUGACGUUCCCCAGGUGGACUCCCUCCUCAGAAGGGUAAGAAGCGAAGAAAAUUUGCACUUCCAAAGUGGGAACACCUCCCAGGGAGGAAACAAACCAACGGAUGAGAGGAAUCGAAAAUGUGGGGAGCUACUUAACCAUGCGGGGGAGAAUAGCACAAGGCGUGAUGGAAAGGACAACUCGCUUAAUGCUAACCAGGAAAGCUGUCACAGUGAAAAUGAUCUGCACUCGAAUUGGCUUCACAAAAUGGGGAAGGAGGUCAAAUGCGAGCCGAACGACGCGUUAACCACCCCGGAGGGUGGAGACUGGCCUAGGUUUGUCCCCAGCCUGGACCUAAACAAACUGAGAAGCAGCAAACUUUUCUACAUUAUAGGCAUCUCUCUACUGAAGCAGCUGAACACUAAUUACUACUAUGACAAUGUGAAAGAAAUAAAUCUCAUUUACGAGGACGAUUUGGUUGGAAAAAAAAUAAAUGUAAAUAAUUUGCUAAAAAAUGAUUAUACGGAAGUGCUCAACUUGAGUUACAAGUACAUGAAAAAGAGCAUCAGCGUGGAUCCCAACCACCUGCUGAGUUACUACUACCUUGGCGUUAUCUAUCUAUACAAGUUAAAAAUUACCAAGUGUAUUUAUAUAUGUAAAAAUUUUCUAUUGCAAAACUGCCACAAUGUGUACGCCUUCCCCUUCUUUUUGCUAUAUAUAGUAGUCACCAGUUCGAGGUACUCCAAAAUGGAGGUACCUUCCCCACACAGGGGGGGGAAACCCAACAAAGGUAACACACAUAAGGGUUAUUUAAUGCAACGUAAAAGUGAAAAAAAUAAAGGUCAUGGCAGCAAACAUGACGCACUUGCACUUAUUAACCACGCGGGCAUUCUACACAGCUACAGUGAACAGUACAAAGGGCUAAUUAACCAGCUGAGGCGAAAUGCCCCCAACUUUUAUAGCGCCAUUACUAACCCGAACAACCUGUUUGAUGCAGAGGAUGAGCAAACGGCAGGUGCAGGAGGAGGCUAUAUGGACGACCUUUGCAACUUGGGGAAUUUUAUAAAUUGCAACGAUUCGGUCAGUAAAAGGGCCGCUGACAGUUUGAAGGAAAACCCAAGUGAAGUCCCAUCCGAAAGGGAGUCUAAUGGGAAAGGUGACGACCCAAGUGGCAGCCAUGAUAAGAACAAAACGGAGCAUGGUGAGCACCCGGUGGGUCCUCAACUGGGGGAGGUGAAUACCCCUACUGGGAGAGCCCCCGCGGUGGAGAGCAGCGCGCAUGAUAAGCUGAGCAUACACUGUACAGGAGUGGGAAGAAGAGGAAGUACUUCAUACCGCCCCCACACCGGUGAGGGACUCCGAGCCAAAUCGCCCAACAACGACUGCUUUUUAGUCCUCACGAAAGCCAUCAACUACUUCCCAAACAACUUUUUUUUUUUUUACCUCUAUGUGUACUACCUAAUUAACUUCUUCGUAAUGUAUGAUAUUUUAUUUUGCUGGGAGAAAGAAACAGAAGAGAAGAAGGAUAAGAAGGGUGAGAAGAGUGAGAAGAGUAAGAAGGGAAAGAAGAGGACCUUCCCAAGUGCCCAGCUGAAACAGCUGCUUCUGCAAAAGGCCUCUCAACCGUGUGACGUCCAAUCAAGCCCAAGUGAAAGCCCCCGCCCUACGGACCAUUUCAAUUUUUUACGCGAAGAAAAAAAGGGAGAUGCCUAUCUUAGCCAACUGUACGACGCAAUAUUCGACACGGACGAGAUGGACAACGGAGGUAGUGACGAUAUUAGUUACACUGAUGAAACCGCCAGAAAUAGCGAUUCCUGGGGGGUUUCAAAAUGGAGGGUGAGCUUUCCCAACGUUUCACUUAAUCUUAGCAAGGGUACCAACUUGGCCAAGGGGAAGGACGAAGGGAACCGACUUCUAACCAAUAGCAUUAAGGAAGAAAUUGACAGAAUUCAGAUUUCGCUAAAGAUUUUGCAAAAGAAGAGCAACUCGUUGAGGGUUGAGUCCAGAAGGGGGGGUAGAACCAACAAGGUUGCUUCUUCCGCCGUCACGAAGAGUGGCCCUGGUGACGGGCCACACACUGUCGCAACGCAUGGUGGUGGCCUGGCGGAUGAUGAACAGUUGGGAGAAUCUCAUCACGCUGAUAGGGCACACCCCGAGGAGGCAAAUGUCAGCGAAAAGGAUAAGGCAGACGAAGAUGCCAACAACGAAGAGAGAAACGCAAGUUUUGUGCACCCCCCACCUGUGUGUGAUGCCUACCCUAAGGAACUAAAAAAUAACUUAAAAAGGAGCGAAUACAUUGACAUUAGCAAAGUGAACUUGUUACCCUGCGUUAUGCCCAUACUGUUAAUAUUAUACAAAUAUAUCCUUCAGAAAAUGCAGGAAAAAAAAAACUCGCACAUGUAUAUAUAUUUCUGUUUGAAUAAAAUUAUGUCCUCUGUUGAUGUGGGUAAGAUUAAGUGCGAAUUGCAUGAACAGAGCGAUAGUGGGUACCUCCCAAAUGGGGGGAUUAACAACUCUAACUGCUUCUUUAGCUACGCGAAGGGGAGCGACAAAUUGUACAGCAAGAAUUACUACUUUUCGGAGAGGAACAGAUGCGGGGUGGUUGGCGGAAGUAGUAUGCUUGGUGGGAGCUACCUGGUUAGUGGAGGCCAAGUGAAUGGCGGAAAUUGUAACAAUUUUGGAACCCUCAACUUGCGGAGCAGCAUCAAUGAUGUGAGAAAUACCACCCCUUUGACUGCCAGCACAGCCAAGGGGAUGAGGAAAAUUAGCCUGAAAAAUGUGUACCUUGAAGCCAUCACCUGGAUCAGUAUGGGAGAAAUUCUGAUAUACCUUAGGGUUAAUGCGAAGCUUAUUAUUUACCUCCUCAACAUUAUAGACUCUUAUAUAAAAUUUUACCUAAGUGUAAAUAAUGACAGUAAUUAUUACAAUUACGAAAAUACAAAUUUCUUUUACAAUUUGACUCACCAGUUCAUGUGCCUGAAAUGCUUGUACUUGUUUUAUCUCUAUGCUAAAUGCAAACCGAGGAAAAGAUAUUCUGACAGUUUUCUCCUAAGCAGAAGAGGAAGCAGUGGGUACCGCUUGCCACAAAUGAGAAUGUCCCCCUUUGGAGAAAUGGGUAAAAAAAGGAAGGGCAACAGAAAGGGGAAAACAUCUUUGCCCUUUAAAAAAAAUUUAUAUAGUAAAAUACUCUUUUUCGAAAACGAAUACGAAUUGCACAAUGGUAGAAUGAAGCUGUGUGAGCACCCGAAAGUUAAAGUGGAGAAUAACCACAUCUACUUUAGUGAUCGAUUUGGUGAAAGUGAUUUUAAGUUGCCUUUUCAUACAAGGGAUGGGAAGGAACUGCGGGGGAAAUUCUGGCCCCUCAGGAGGAAGGCCGAGAAGGCGUACGCACCGGAGGGUGCUGAUGAAGUUGCUGAUGAGGGUGCCGCUAAGGGUGCUGAUGAGGGCGCCGCUAAGGGAGAAAAAAAGGAACCCCCCCAAAGGAACGCGCCAAAAGAGAACGCACCAAAAGAGAACACAGGCAACGGCGCGAGAUGUUCCACGUCCAACAAAGCAGACGCAAAUAACAAAACUGGCAGAACGAGCAGAACGAGCAGAGCGAACAAAGCGAGCAGAAAGAGCAUGAAUAAGCUUUACGCCGACGAGGAGAAACUGUUCAACUCGUUUCGCGUGGACUAUGAGAGUGCCCAGAAAAGACAGAAAAAAUACCGACUCGUGAAAAACAUUAAAAUUUACGUGUCCCUAAUAAGCAAAAUUUAUUUCAACGAUAGGAAGGUUAACAUUCUAUAUGCUCGAUAUUAUUUUUUAAAAAAAAAGUACCUGAAAGUUAUCAGCAUUUUGUCUCUGCUGAAUGAGCACUACAAGAAAAGGGACUACUUCAUUAUGAAGAGGAAAGGGUCACAUGAGGGUAGUGGCCCAGGGGGCGAUAUGAACAUCUCGGGUGAGCAAAAUACCCUUCCAAGUGGCUACCCCUUUCAUUUAAAUAACCAAACCGAUUUCGUCUACGAAUAUUUAAAUAUAUACAUGUAUUAUCAGUCCUUUGAGAAGCUACAGAAUUACCGGAAGUCGAAUUAUUACAAGCAUAUUUUGCACGUCAUUUUUUUAAGCUGCCCCAUCAUACCCUUUGGUUUGUUUCCGUUUAUAAAUUUGUGA